GGUCCCUCCCGUUCAGGUCGCACAACCAGCCCAGCCGUCUCUUAACAACAUGCCGGAAGCAUUUGACUUGCCCUGUCAUUGAUAAACUUAUCCUGGCACUUCGGUCAGAGUUAAAUCAUCACACGCUCAUGUGUAGGGAUGUACUUACGGUGCUGAUACAGAGACCGCCCCCACUUGACAUACCUUGAAUGGACUUUACCUUUGAAUUGUCGAUUAUAUCCAACAGGUGAAGUUGCUCUGGACUGAAGAGGAUAUUUGUGAUAAAAUCUACGCAUCAUUUCAACCUUACUAAUGGAAAUAAGCACAAAUGGAUCUGGUUACUCUAUGUCAGCUGUGUGCGAAGUACGUGAAUGCUAACUGGAUUGUGUUUUCCUCUGUGGUAUUACUGAGUGCCUACUUGUGUCAGGUGGUUUAGAGAAGGUAGCUAUGUCAAGAGAGUGAUUAACAGGACUUGUUUCAGAGCAGUGGAACUUUCAUAAUAGGUGUAAAAAUGGCUCAAUUGGGCCGAUGGAAAUACGGACUGUUUACCUUUGUGGCUAUGAUAUUGCAGUGUCUGUGUGUCUCCGCGUUUGAUACCUGGUGGAACCUGGGAGUUCGUGGAUUCAAGGCCUGGCGAAACCCGCAGCUGUAUGUGAUAGGGGCCCAACCAUUGUGUACGCAGUUGAAGGGCCUCAGUCCAGCCCAGGUUAGACUCUGUCAAAGUUACCAUGAUCAUAUGCCCAGUGUAGGACAUGGGGCUAGUAUGGGCAUUCAGGAAUGUCAAAGGCAAUUCCAGAACAGACGCUGGAACUGCAGUACAAUCGCAGACGAUUCAUCAGUUUUCGGACCAGUUCUAAACAUUGCUAGUCCCGAGGCAGCCUUUACUCACGCAAUAUCUGCAGCUGGAGUGGUGUUCUCUAUAAGCCGGGGGUGCCGUGAGGGAGAACUGAGCAAGUGUAGCUGUAGUCGUUCCUCCAGACCGAAGAGUUUACACAGAGACUGGAUCUGGGGCGGAUGUGGUGAUAAUUUAGAAUAUGGAUAUAGAUUUGCCAAAAUGUUUGUAGACAUAAGAGAAAGGGAAAAGAACCACCCGAGACAUUCCCCAGGUUUAGCCAGAAUGCUUAUGAACCUCAGAAAUAACGAAGCCGGCAGAUUGGCAGUUUACAGAUACUCGAAGGUAGCGUGUAAAUGUCACGGUGUGUCGGGUUCUUGUAGCCUUAAAACGUGCUGGAGACAGUUGCCGGAGUUCAGGACAGUGGGAGAUCGACUAAAGGAUAAAUACGACGGUGCCACAAAAGUGGUUUUCAACAAAAGAGGAACACAGCUUAAGUCCGAAAACUCCAAAUAUAACAAACCAACAAAAGAAGACCUUAUAUACUUGGAAGACUCCCCAGAUUACUGCGAUCCAAAUAAGGUCACAGGGUCAUUUGGUACAAAAGGAAGGGAGUGUAAGAAGUCAUCUCCCGGAAUGGACGGGUGUAAGCUUAUGUGUUGUGGCCGUGGCUACAACACCUUUAAAAGAAAAGUUAAGGAGAGGUGUCACUGUAAAUUUCAUUGGUGUUGUUUCGUACAGUGUGACGUUUGUGAACACAUAGAAGAUGUACAUACUUGUAAGUAGGGAAAGGUCAGAAGAUGUUCGGAGGACUUCGUCAUCAUAUUGGUAUUAUGUAAGGGGAGCUAAGUCGGUAGAGAGAAGUAAGAGGUUACAGAGACCGACUCCAGUUCAGGGCCCGCGUAUGCCAGAGAGUUAUUCGGUCGGUCGUCUUAGCCCAGAUUUGACCCCCCAAAUUAAGCAUAAUCUUCACAACGGGUAUAAGAAGACAUCAGGAAACCUCCAGGCGAGCUGACGACUGGAACGCUCGAGUGCUAGGCCAAUCUGAUUUGUUACAACACAGAUCAUCAGAGUGCGUUAUUCACUUGAAAAUCUUCAAGAUACCAUUGUGUUCAGAGUGCUUUUCCUCCAAGGCGGGGAUGUCGUCUGUACAGUUUUGACUGCACUCAGCACAGGCAUAUAUACUAGAGGGGACGCAGAGCAACGGCAUAUAUACUAGAGGGGACGCAGAGCAACGGCGUAUAUACUAGAGGGGACGCAGAGCAACAGCGUAUAUACUAGAGAUGGGGUGAGGUAGCACGAUGAGUACUAUAUGAAAGUAGCUCUCGACUGGCUCUCAGAGACAGGUGGUGAUCAUCAAUAUGUGCAUACGUAGGCGGACACCAAUUUACCUGAUAGCACUGAGCACUCUCACCCAGUUCUUAGAGGACUUGCAUUUGUACAGUUCAUACACCUGUGUUGGUUUGUUGUCAGUGAGAGGCAUGGGGAAUGAUACUGUUGCAAACGUCUAACUUUUAGCUGGGGGUUUGAGUUUGCAAGCAGGCUGUCCAUUUCAGCCAGAUUAUAAUCCUGUUAAACGCUACAAACUAAAGGCUGGAUCUAUACUACCCCUUUGUAAACUUGUAAUUCCUUAGUGGGCAUUAUAUGAUUGUGUUACAAAGUGUGUAUUUAAAAAUGUCCGAUGUACCAGCUGUAUUCUGGUAGGAACAGAUUCGUAUCGGUCUACUUAGUUUGGCGUUGAAUGGAAGGGAAAUAAUUGCACAGUGUCCAAACGAAGGAGCAUCGGCACAGCCAUUGAAAAAAUGUUUCUUGAAAAAAAUAUAUAGCCUGUAUAAGUACAUAUUUGGUAGUUAUGUGUACUAAUAUCCCAGGCUUGGUCAAAAACAAAUCAUGUUUUUGAAGGAUUAAAAUGUAUGGACUCUCCAUGAGGACCGAGCUGAUGUGUCUUAUGCACUACCACGGGAUGAAUGUUGGAGGAUUGUACUGGUAGACAAAGUGCGCUACGCAGUGUUUUUUGUACAUAUUGAAGUUUAUAACAUAUUGAGAAUUAUUUAUUCGUGGUCAUGCACAGCUAGCAGUCUUAUGCAGUAUAAGACUAUAUUUGCUCGUUACCGUCCUGUCCGGUAACCCCGAUAUACGAUUAUUUGUAAAUGGUGAUAUCGAUAUAAAACGGCCCUUCGAUGGCUGCAGAAUUCAGAUUAGAGCCAUUUGACCACAAAACAAAAUAAAUAUUUCCAAUCUUACUGUAUACCUUUUCCACGAAUUAUUUUUCUUACUGAUUAUUACUUUGUUGAUACUGUAAUAUAGAAUGUGUUUUAUACAGCUUUCCACAUAGUUAAACUUAACGUCGAACAGUUAACUAGACUGUAAACACACCGAUGUAAGCCUUCAUUUUUUUUACGUUGUUUGAAACGAUGUGGUAAGUUGGUAAAACAAGUUCUUGGUUUAUGCGUUGAUACAUUUGUUUGAACUCUUCGAAUGACGGCAACAUUGAGUUUUAUAGGAUUUCCAAAAUAUUUCAGUCCAUGUGAUUCGAAUUACAGCAAAAAGAAAAGAAUAAGGAAAGCUCCAUAUAGAGAAAUACACUACAUUUUCUAACUAAGGAAGACAACUGUAUCAAACAGCAAAAAUGGACGUCAAGUUCCAGAAAUGUACAGCAGAUUUACAGCACAUACAGUAGAACACGAACAGCG